AUGGGAAUCUCUCUUGUCGCGAUACUUCUCAUUAUAAACUCUUCCAGUCGAGGUCAACAAUUCGUCUUUCACUACCCCAAAACUCCGAAAAGACGAGAGGAAUCCGAUAAGAUAAAAAGAAAGAUAGGUGAAUACGAGGAAUUCGAUGAUGCAUUUGAAGAGGAUGUCGUAAUUUGGCCUCACGGUAACAUGGGCGACGAGGGAGAUAACGAUCAUAAAAACAAUGAUGCCGAUCAAAACAACAUGUCAUUUAAACUGUUUGGUUUUGAGACUGAAAUUCUGGCAACCAUUCUUUGUCCCAAGGCUCAAAGUUCAAAAUUUCAAUUAUCAAUUGACGAUUUGACUUUUGUUGGACAACCAGUGUUUCUUGAAAGCACGGCCACGGACAAACCUUCAACGAAUGGGAUUUUAAAUCAAAAGUCUUCGGGUACAUCUAAUAACGCUCAGUCGAAAUUGACAUUCUUCCAUCUCGUAUUUGUUCUUGAGCCUCCUGAAUUAGAACUUGAAAGACAGGUAGAUAACGUAUAUAGACAUGUUGUCACGAAACUAACAGCUGCGUUAAAUUACGAACAAAGGAGAUGUGAUUAUGUUAGGAAAGAAGCCGAGAUGAUUUUAUCAUUAAGGGAAAAUUCGGGUAAAAAUAACAUUCGUUUAUUAUCAUUAAUCAAUCAAAUUAUACGUGAAAAAUAUAUAUUCAACAUAAAAAUGAUUCGAAAAUUAGGGUCCACCUUGGAUGAAUUUAUGGAAGAGAUUCUGAAGAAAAGCACAUUGACCAAAUCAAUUCAACAAGUGUACGAUUCGAUAUCAGCAGAUCGAAUAGCUCAUGUAUUGAUAAAUGAUUAUAUCGACCUUUCCUUGCAAGUUUCUCCGCUUGCACCUACUGAAAGCGAUGCGACCGGUCAUGGAUACGACCAUUAUCCCAUUAUAGCGCCUUAUCAUACCCUAUUGCUUCUUGAAGACCCUGAGGUUAUUCUAAAGAACAUACCAUUAGAUGCGAACCCCACGCUGGUUCAGUUGAUACAGAUCUUGACCCCUACGAAGCGGUAUGACUUGUGA